AUGACCAUGACGCCUCCUCUUCUGCUGCUACAAAAGGAAGCGUACUACUGCCUCUAUCGCUACUGCAUCGCUACUGCAACAACAAGCGACUACUACGAGAACGACAAGCGACGCCAACAAGCUUCUUCGGUUCGGCGGAUCGAUCGAUUCUGUCUGCUUCCACAGGGCGCGACCAUGAGGAUGAGGAUGAGGAUCGCUUCCUCUUCCACGGAACGACGACGCACGCCUCUACCGUUAAUGAAACAACAAGCCACUACUACUAAUGCAACAAGCGACGCCUCGACAGCCGUCUUCUUCGAUUCCGGUUCAACAGAACCUCCUUUGUACAUGAUGGCAAACUCAUCAACCAUCAACCGACAAUUCAAAGGCAUCAAUUUUCCUGGAAGACAGGAUAUUCAGGUAGAUGCGGGAAUAAAAUAG